CUUCUUUCUUCAGAGGCGAGAGAGGGCAGAUCUUGUUCAUUUCCACCACGCGGAACAAACAUGCGCCAACCUGACGAUGGUUUUCCGGGAUGAGGGCACGGGACAUGAGGGGAGCAUCCCCGGCCCCGGCCCCGGUUUCUUUCUUUGCUUCUUUCUUCCUUUCUUCUCUCGGCGAAUCCCAUGUUGUACUACCCUUGCCAUUAACAGCUUGUUUGCUCCCCUGCUUUCCCUGAUGUGGCUCCUAGGAUGCUUCCAUUCCUCCCGUUCUUUACCUGUCCCCUUGUCUCUUUCUUUCAUCCAUAUUCCCUGAAGACCCGGAUAUUCGACCUGUGUGGAAGUAACGACAUCACGAGUACCACACGCCCAACUCAACUCGGCCUUUGUCUUGACAAGGAAAAGGAAGAACCCUGUACGACGACAAUCCUCAGAUUCAGCAGCUUCAACACCAAUACAACUACAUCGGCAGAGACGAACCGAGACGAAUGGACGGGAAAUAAGGCAUGCCUCACCAACACAUGCAUACCAAAUCAAUGCCGGGAAAAAGGCAGAUGGGAGGAAGAAACUGGCCGUUUGGUCACGGAGGUCACGAAGGUCAUGGGAAUCAGAAUCCGAGGUUGAAUCAACGAAGCGAAGGAUCAAAUGGUGGUUCCGAGGGAGACACUGGAACGACGGCCAAACCAGCACCGACUGCUAAGCCAACAGCGAAUCCCACUGCGAACAGUCCCGGCACAACACAAAGACAGACGAUAGUUCAUACGAGUAUAUUGGAUUUAUCUCCUUCUGUGACAGUCGUCCUAGGUGAAACCACGUUUGCAACCCACUACACCGACUUUGACACAUUGGCAAUCGACACGCAAGCCAUCACUUUCUCAUCGGGCCCUCAGCCGACAUCAGGGGCCGGAGGUUCCAACAACUUGAACUCAGGCUCAAUUAACAUGAACCAAAACGGGGGCGCAAAUGGGACGGCCAAUAAACAGGGUUCAGAUGGUGGGCUUGGAGGUGGUGCUAUAGCCGGUAUCAUCGUCGGCGUUGUCCUCCUGCUCGUCAUCUCCCUCGUAAUCCUCUUCUUCCGAAAACGCGUGCUCGCGCGCCGCAACAACUCUCCAUACGGAAAACACAACCAAGAAGAAACGAGGAGCUCCCUUCUGGAUACGGGACUAGCCGCCAGUGUCGGCGCCGGUGCCGCCGCUGUAGGAGCCAGGUCUGGACACGGAGCUGGAGACGCGUCCUCGGCCGCGGCUCCCCGCAACACACCUGCUCAACCAUUACCCCAACAACAACCGUUGAUGCAGCAGACGAACAACUCCCAGUAUCUCGUCCCGGCAUCAUCCAGAUCAGCUCUUACUACUCCUCGCCCCGCCCCUCCUCCACCGCAGUCCAACCACUCCAGCAACCCCAGCCGCAGCCGCCUGUCAAUAAUAUCCCCUCCGCCCACGCACAUCAGCUCAACAGUUAACUUAGCGUUCACCCCUGGCGCCGUUUCCCCUAUUUCACCCGUCUCUCCAGCUGUAAUAGGACCACCAUCCCCCCCAUCACCAGAUGACAGAGGCGGAGAAAACGGUGGCCGUCGGACCAGCAUCGGAAGCGUCAGCACGCUGAGUAUUCAUAGCGCCAUGAUGACGGCGUCGCAGCUGAACUGGCCAAUGCCCCCGAGCGUGGCGAGCACUAGUAGUCCGAGUGUGCCGCUGAGCGCGACGCCGAGUGCGAGUAGGCCGGUGCCGGCGCCGCAUUAUGUGGACUUUGAGGAGCAGGGACGGACGGUGGUGAGGAUUAAUCGGGAGAGUUUGAGUGGGGGGAUUGGGAGUGCGAGAUAAAACGGGGUGUUGAGGUUUGGUGGUCGAGUACUCGUCAGGUCUACAAAAUCGACCGUGACUAGUGGGUAGUGCCUGACGAGUAAUGAUCAUGUAUCAUGAGCCUUUUAGUUAUGCGCUCUCAGGGAAAACUGUACAUAGACUCUUCUUUAAGAUACCCGAGCGUCAAGCCUGUAUGUCUGGUUGUUGUUGUUGGAUCAGAUCUUGCUAUUUCUUUUUGCUUUUGAUCUAUUAGGGUCAUGAAAUUAGGGGCGAAUAGAAGGGAAAGAGGGCGUUGUCAUAUAGAAGGAUCUCAAUACAAGCUUUGGACAAAUAUCCGUA